AUGGUGCACUUGGAAAUUAGGCCGUUCUUUCGGUCGUCCGAAGAACGAGCCGAGAAACGUCGAGAGCAGGUCCGGCGAGCCCAGAAAACAUUCCGCGAGCGCCGCGACCAAUAUCUCCGCCUCCUCGAACGCCAACUCAGUCGCUUCCAAUCGGACAACGCGCGCCUCACCGCCGACGCCGAGCGUCUACGCGGCGAAGUCGCCGCGCUGCAGCGCCGCCUCGACCUCUGCGAGGAGGCUCUGCGGUUGUCCAAGCGCAGCAAUCCCGCUUCCUCCGACCCAGCUGAGUCCUGGUUCCAGGAUGGCGCGGCGGACCGCUUCAUGGCCUUCAGCGGCACGUUCUUAGAGGACGCUGCUCCGCCUGUGACGACCAUCAGGCUCGAGAUUGUCAACGGUAAGCCGCACCAGCUGCUGAUGGGCGCUCCGGAGAUGAGUGGGCCACCACCGGCGCCAGAGGCGACGACGUACACGAACUUCAGCUCGCCGAACCUGGCGCGUCGAGGAACGCAAAAGGGAGCGGCGAGGCCGGCGAUGGCGCAUUCGCCGCAUCAGAGGCAGCCGUCCGGGUUUGUGGCGGAGCUGGAUCCGGUAAUCGUUGCCAUGGAGUUCGUCCUCAAACUCGAGUCGCCCUGCCUUCCCCACAUCCACGACCCUUCCACCUGUCCCGUCGACGCCCACACACCGCAGGGCCACAUGCACCUCCUCUCCGCCACGCUGCUCUCUUGCGUCGCCAGCUCUACACCUACCGCCGCCGCCACCACGCGACCCACCCUCACACCUCCUCCUGAGACAGACAACAGCGCCGACACUUCCUCCUGGCCCAGCCCCUCAAAAGCGCUCCCGCCCACGCCGCCACAGACCUGGGAUGCCCCUCGCUCAAUCCUGUCCAGCCUGCUGCACACGUCUGAGCAAUUGCCCAAGGAGGGCGGCGAGGUGACGCCAGUGCAGGCCUGGCAUUGCGUGCAAGGGCACGCCGGGUUUGCGCGCCUCACCACCUCCGCGCUGGAGCGCUUGUCGGAUAAGUUGCUGGUGCAUAUCAAGUGCUAUGGGUAA